AGAAAACCAGUAAUUUAGAUUUCUUACUUGGGUUUUUUUCUGUUAAUCAAAUAUUUUUGAGAUAGUGAAUUAAAGAAAAAAAUGCUUGACUACUUCAAAUAAUAUUUUAAAACGUCUCCCUAGUGUAUCAAAGCAGCUGAUUUUGGGAGAGUAAAAAGCAGAGAAUCAGUUGGGGCCUCUCUCUCCUUUCUACAUGGAAAAGUGAAUAAUAAACACCAACAGCAUGUGUUUUAGAUGUACGUUUUAGAUCUUUAGCUAAAGAAACCCUAUGCCUUAUGCAAUUGUAGGCACUCAGUUAAUACAGAUGAUAAUACUUAGAUGGUAUCAUACGAUCAUCACUCAACAAACAUUCACUUAUUGAGCACCUACUAAUGUUCCAGGUACUGAUGAUUCAAAGAUGAUUAGGACAUAGCCUCUGUUCUUGAGCUCACAGUCUAGUAGGGGGUGACAGGUUUGUAAACAAUAGAUUGGAAGCUGCUGAGAAAUUUAAAAAAAAUCUGUGGUCCUCCUGGAGGAACAGACAUGUCUCAUUCGUCUGUGUAUCAGUCCUCAGCAUAGUGCCUGGGUGCACAAAUGUCUACUGAGAGAAUGAGAAAGUGUUAUAUGAUAAAGUGUGUCUGUACAGAUCCCAAAAAAGGGAGUCAAAGUUAUACAGAGAGUUGACAUAUAAUGUCCUAGGGCGUAAAAGAAAAAAAAAGCUAAACUUACUCUCAGUAAACCUAUGACUAUUUAAAAAAGAUAGCCUUAUUCUAACCAUUGAUGCUAAUUAAUAUAUAUAAAGAAUAAUAAAAAGUAAAGUUAAAAAGAGGCUGUGGGGACUCCAGACAUGUAACAUUUGACAAGGGGGGUUCCUGAAGUUUAGAAACUACUAGAUUAAGAAAAAUUUAUUUAGCCUUUGUAAGCUGUGCCUUGCAGCUAGGCAAGACAUGAAUUACUAGGCAUUUCACAAAGGAGAAUGUAAAGAAUGUACCUUUAAGUUUAUCUUUAGAAGGGAGGGAGAGAGGAAGCUGUUUCCAGGCUUCCGCUGAAGCUAGUAAUCUUGCAGAACUUGAUUUUUACAGGAUAAUGGAAAUUAGUGUCUCCUUUACAACCAUUUCUUUCUUGAACAAGUAAUAACUGGAGAAUUUGUCUUCCCAUGGCCAACCCUGAAAUACAGAAUCCAAAUAAAUGCUAGGUGCUGUGGUAAUCAGGUGCCAAUACUAUAGAAUCUCUUGUUUAAUUUAAGGGUUGAGUUUUAGUGAAUAUUAAUUCUGCAGUAUAAAGGACAAUAAUUUAUGAAGUUACUUUUUUUUAGCAUGGGAAAAAUAAGAUUCACUUGUGCUUUGUGUCCGGUACAGCCAUACAUUGGAAGGUUGGUUUAGUAGGAGGUUAGAGAAAGGUUUGUGUGCUUUAGCAAGUGAGCAUGGUUUGUUGUGCAACUGUCAGGCUCUGCAAGAAGUAGUCUGCUUUUGCUGGCAAUAGAUUGUUUCUCACUUUGCUGAAACAUUUGAAGUCGUGCAUUAGUGUUUCUAAAAAGAAAAUUAUUUUUAGUGUCUACAUUUAAGUACCCUUAUGAGAAGUAAGAAUUACAUAAUGUAAGAAUUAAGUAAAAGUCUACAACUAAAUUUUUCUAUCCAACCUCUUCUAAAUUCUCUAGUGUUAGCUAGUUAUGCUGUAAUUCAGACUAUCCUAAUAGAGGUAUUUAUGAAUUGUUUCCUUGAUUCUCUCUCCUUUUCCCCACCCCUUCUAGGGAAUGAAAGCUACCGGUUGACUAAAACUUCUUGGGCUUCACAACUUUGGAGUCAUCGCAGAAUAAGGCACAAUGUCAACAGCAGGAGUUGCUGCUCAGGAGAUCAGAGCCCCAUUAAAAACUGGAUUUCUUCAUAAUGGCCAAGGCCUGGGGACUAUGAAGACCUGCUGGGGCAGUCGCAGUGAGUUUGAAAAUAAUUUUUUAAAUAUUGAUCCAAUAACCAUGGCCUACAGUCUGAACUCUACUGCUCAGGAGCACCUAACAUCUAUUGGGCACACUUCAAAAUCUGCUCCAGUGAAUGGGCACUACUUUGCAGAAAAUGGUCCAUCUCAGAAAUCCAGCUUGCCUCCUCUUAUUAUUCCCCCAAGUGAAAACUUGGGACAACAUGAAGAGGAUCAAGUUGUGUGUGGUUUCAAGAAACUUUCAGUAAAUGGGGUUUGUGCUUCUACUCCUCCACUUACACCCAUAAAAAACUCACCUUCCCUUUUCCCCUGUGGAACUGUUUGUGAACGGAGUUCUAGGCCCCUUCCACCACUGCCAAUCUCUGAAGACCUCUCUCUGGAUGAGACAGACUGUGAGGUAGAAUGCCUAACUAGCUCUGAUACAGACUUCCUUUUAGAAGACUGUAUACUUUCUGACUUCAAAUAUGGUGUUCCGGGCAGGCGGAGCUUCCGUGGGUGUGGACAGAUCAAUUAUGCGUAUUUUGAUACCCCGGCCAUUUCAGCAGCUGAAGAUCUCAACCAUGCAUUCGACCAAAAUGGAUGUGUCCAAGAUUCAAAUCCUCCCCCAUCUCAAAGCCACCGAAGACUGAGAAGAUCUCAUUCAGGACCAGCUGGAUCUUUUAACAAGCCAGCCAUAAGGAUAUCCAGUUAUUUACACAGAGCUUCUCCUAACUCUGACGAAGACAAACCUGAGGUUCCUCCCAGGGUUCCCAUACCUCCUAGGCCAGUAAAACCAGAUUAUAGAAGGUGGUCAGCAGAAGUUACUUCUAGUACCUACAGUGAUGAAGACAGGCCUCCCAAAGUACCGCCAAGAGAACCUUUAUCACGGAGUAACUCCCGCACACCAAGUCCUAAAAGCCUUCCGUCUUACCUCAAUGGGGUCAUGCCCCCUACCCAGAGCUUUGCCCCUGAUCCCAAGUACGUCAGUAGCAAAGCUCUACAAAGACAGAACAGUGAAGGAUCUGCCAAUAAGGUUCCUUGCAUUCUGCCCAUUAUCGAAAAUGGGAAGAAGGUUAGUUCGACCCAUUAUUACUUACUACCUGAGAGACCACCGUACCUGGACAAAUAUGAAAAAUUUUUUAGGGAAGCAGAAGAAACAACCACAGACACCCAAAUCCAGCCCUUAUCUGCUGACUGCAGUAUCAUUUCGGCCACAGAAAAGCUGGACUCUAAGACAAAAAUGGAUAUAGGUGGCCAUGUGAAACGCAAACAUUUAUCCUAUGUGGUUUCUCCUUAGACUUUGGGGUCAUAACUCAGUGGAGGUUACAUGGGAGCAAAUGGUUCUCAAGCAAUAUUCCAGUUGGAUUGGGUUCACAGAAGAAUCUUUUAGAUUGCAGAAUGGUUGAACUCUGUCUUAAAGAGAAAGGUUUAGAGCAGGUAUGAGGUGCUGUUAUGUUGAGAAUCCCUGAUUUUGUUAGUGUUGGAGAAAAGUCUAUUCAAGUCUAUAAUUUAAAGAUGUGAUGGCGGGGAGGGAGGGAUGGGAAAACUUUUAUAUAUGCAUAUAUUAUAUACCUAUAUAUAAACUUGUGGUAUAACCAUAGACCAUAGUUGCAGGUUAACCAAUUAGUUACUAUCUUAGAGUAAUAUAUAUUCAGAAUAAUAAAAACUCAAGCUGGAGAAAUGACUCUUGAUAGGCUGAAAACUGAGCAAAAUGGAAGAAAAUACAGUAUUGUUUAGAAUCAGAGUCAUAAAAAAAAUUAUUUUUGUUUAGUAAGUUUGAAGAUUUUUGGCUUUUAGGCCUGUUAUAUUUCUGUUUCACUUAUUUUUGCAAACAGUCUUUUCCAUGGAUGGCAAGGUGUCCAUUCUUUACCAGGGCUGUACCUACAAAGUUUAAAAAUCACCCCCAAGGUUUAAUACUUCCAAGUUUUUUGUUUUGUUUUCUUUUGUUGAUGGGUGGGGGUAACAGUUUAUUUGGCAAACCAUGUUAUCACCUGUACAUGUCUCACAUUUUCAAAAAUGAAAAUAGAAUUAGUAAAUAAUUUUUCCUUACAAUUCCUGCUUUAUUUCACCCACUAAAAUGGCCCAUUCCAGUUGUGCCUUACAGAGACAGUGGGGUACACUAGACUCGAGUGGGAAGGCAGGCUAGUUGCCAAUGUGGAGGGGAUCAGUUUUAAACAAUAAUGAAGCAGUUCUGUGAUUGAGAGUUUUUGUGUGGGGAUGUGUGUUGUGGAGUUUUUUUUUUGUUUUUAGACUGUAUUAAUAAACAAAUACAACACAAGCUGGCCUUGUGUUGCUGGUUCCUAUUCAGUAUUUCCUGGGGAUUUUUUUUUUUUUUUUUUUUUUUAAGUAAAACACUUCUUCUGACCAAUAGCACAGUAUGUCUUAAUACCAGAGGUCACAUCAGCAUCUUCUGCUUUUAAAACCCUCCCAGGUGGCUGCUUCACUGCUUCCCUUAAGACACCUAGCUUGUGUUCAUAUUUUCAUAUGCUUUAAUGUAUUUAUCUUGUACAGAUAAGCACAAAAGAGAGGUGCUCACUAACAGAGGUACAUUACUACUACAAUGUUCUCUUUAACAGUUCAACAAGCUGUUUACAGUUUAAACUGCUGAAUGAUAAUUUGAGCUAUUUAAAGCUUAUUAUAUUUUAGUAUGAACUAAAUGAAGGUUAAAACAUGCUUUAGAAAAAUGCACUGAUUUCUGCAUUGUGUGUACAGUAUUGGACAAAGGAUUUUAUUCAUUUUGUUGCAUUAUUUUGAAUAUUGUCUUUUCAUUUUAAUAAAGUUACAGUACUUAUUUAUGACACCAUUAA